UCGGGACCUCGCCUCUCCUCAUCUUGUGUCUAGGCAGCCACACCCACGCCCACACGUACGCUCGAACCCUAGCUUUUGCCUCUCCACGCGAGCGCGCGCGGCGAGAUGUCGUCGUCGGCCGGCGGCGGCGGCGGGGGGCAGCAGUUCCGGUACACGCAGACGCCGUCCAAGGUGCUGCACCUGCGGAACCUGCCGUGGGAGUGCGCCGAGGAGGAGCUCGUCGAUCUCUGCAAGCCCUUCGGCCGCAUCGUCAAUACCAAGUGCGGCGUCGGCGCCAACCGCAACCAGGCCUUCGUCGAGUUCACCGAUAUUAAUCAAGCUAUUUCAAUGGUUUCUUACUUUGCAUCAUCUUCGGAACCAGCACAAAUCCGAGGCAAAACUGUUUAUAUUCAGUAUUCAAAUAGACAAGAAAUAGUUAACAACAAGAGCCCUGGAGAGACUGCUGGAAAUGUGUUGCUAGUCACUAUAGAGGGUGUUCAAGCAAAUGAUGUCACCAUCGAUGUGAUCCAUCUGGUUUUCUCGGCUUUUGGAUUUGUUCACAAAAUAGCCACUUUUGAGAAGGCUGCUGGUUUUCAGGCACUGAUCCAGUACACAGAUGCAGCAACAGCUUCUGCAGCAAGAGAAGCCUUAGAUGGAAGAAGCAUCCCAAGGUACUUGCUUCCAGAGCAUGUAACAUCCUGUUGUUUGAGAAUUUCGUUCUCUGCACAUAAGGAUCUGAACAUCAAGUUCCAGUCACACCGCAGCAGGGAUUACACCAACCCUUACCUCCCGGUUAAUUCAUCUGCUAUAGAUACGUUGCAGCCUACUGUUGGUGCUGAUGGAAGGAAAGUUGAGGCUGAGGGCAAUGUUCUUCUAGCAUCAAUUGAAAAUAUGCAGUAUGUUGUCACAGUGGAUGUUCUCCACACUGUGUUCUCUGCAUUUGGUACAGUCCAGAAAAUAGCUAUUUUUGAAAAGAAUGGUGGAACACAAGCUUUGAUUCAGUACCCUGAUGUAACUACAGCUUCAGUUGCGAAGGAAGCAUUGGAAGGGCAUUGCAUCUACGAUGGUGGCUACUGUAAGCUCCACCUGUCAUACUCUCGUCAUACUGAUCUCAAUGUAAAGGCACAUAGUGACAAGAGCAGGGAUUACACAAUCCCACAAGGUGCAAUGCAAGCAGUACCACAACCGCCUGGUGUACCAACAUCCACUGGGUGGCAAGGUAAUCCUCAAGCAGCUGGCGCAUAUGCGCCACCUGGAGCUGCUGCUCCAAACCACGGCACAACAGGGCAAUUGCCGAAUUGGAAUCCUGGGAACUCUGGGUAUGCUCAAGCUUCAGGAGCAUAUCCAGGGCAAAUAUACUCUUCUCCGGUGCAGUAUGGCGCAUCAGGGGCCUUCUCCGCUCCUCCUGCUGCUCCACCACUUGAGCUGCAUACUUCGCAGCAGAUGCCGCCGCCGCCUCAAUAUGGAAAUCAGCCUGGAUCAGCAGGUGCACCUGGAACCGGGCAACCACAUCCGUAUUACCGUUAAAUUUAGAUUCCCAUUCACAGCUGGUACUGUGCCCUAUCUAAUUAGUAAGUUUGAUCUGGCAUUUGUAUACUUCAAUAGGGCAAAACCAGUUGCUUUUCCUUGUCUCCCUUCUUAUGGAACCUUAUUUAUAAAUAAACUUUUCAUC